AUGGCACAUACUGCACUCGACGAUGAAGAAAUUAAAGAAUAUUUCGAUACAUCAGAUGCACUUGAUCAGAAAAUCAAAACUUUAGCAGAUUUUAUUCGAAAUGCAAAAUAUUUUAUUGCCUAUACUGGAGCAGGUAUAUCGACAGCAGCCGGCAUCAAUGAUUUUCGUGGUCCUACAGGUGUUUGGACAGCUCGAGCAAAAGGUGUUGCUCCACCACCACGGACGGUUCUCAAUCCAGAACCAACACUAACACAUAUGGCUUUCGUCGAACUCAUGAAAAACGACUAUCUGAAAUUCUUAGUUUCUCAAAACUGUGAUGGUCUUCAUCUGAAGAGUGGAAUACCAACAAACAAAAUUGCUGAACUACACGGAAAUUCCAAUUGUGAAGCUUGUGCAAAGUGUGGGAAAGUUUACUACAGACAAACACGUGUUAAAUCACUUGACGGUAAAACUAGACUAACUGGGAAUCUGUGCACAGCACCGAAUUGCAAUGGGCGUCUACGUCGCACAACCGUUGCAUUUUCUCAGUCGAUGCCUGAUGUUUGCCUGAAAAGAGCCACUGAAGAGUCAAAACAAUGCGAUUUAAGUUUAUGUAUGGGAACGUCAAUGCGAGUUUCGCCUGCAUGUGAACUUCCAUCUAUGAAAUUAAAAUCUGGAAAAAAGAAGAUGGUCAUCGUCAAUUUACAGAAGACCCCGUAUGACGAUCAAUGUGCACUGAGAAUAUUUGCACGAUGUGAUGAUGUGAUGAGAAUGGUGAUAGACGAAUUAAAUUUGGUAAUUCCAUCCUAUAUCGAUUUACAAUUGUGGUCAGAUGCUCAAUGGUUAACAGAUUUUGAGCAGAAUUGGCCUUUUCGAACUGCCGGCGAUACAGACUGGUUUUCAGGAGAUAUUUAA